AUGGCAUCACUCAACCAACCAAGGAAGGCUGUUUCUGAGUCAGGUCGAUGUUAUGGAGUACCUGGCUUUCAUAAAAGGGUGACACAAAUGCCAUCAAAGAUCGUUUUCAGCCAGUUCCAAGGAUGGAUAAAAUGUAACCUGCUGAAAAAGAACAAAAGAAAAAAGGCAAAGCAGAAGAUGGCUCUAGCAGUAGUCCAUUGUAACAUCCAAAUAUUAAGAGUUACUAUACAGAAGCGGAGCAUGUGGGUGCAGAUUCACAAGGAAUUUCAGAGUUUGGCAAAGGAAAGUCAGAAAAGCUGUUUUGAAUCAAAUGAUCUUACUUUCAGACAUAAAACAUCCCACUUACCAGAAAAAGCCUUAUUACAGUUGCCAGUUGUCUAUCUGCAUUCAGAUUCUGUUAGUUCACAGUGUAAGGAUUUGCAAAACUUAAAUCUCUCUGAAUGCCAGGGUUUAAGUCUAGACUCUUCUAGUAGGCUCCUGGGAGAAGUUUGCAGAGCUCUUCUCUAUUUAAAUCUGUCGUAUAUAGAUAUUACUAAUGGAACGCUACAGCUAUUGUCAAGCAGCUUCCCCAAUUUACAGCAUCUGAGUUUAGCUCACUGCAGAAAAUUCAGAGACAAAGGUUUACCGUACCUGGGGUCUGGAAAAGGCUGUCACAAGCUCAUCUAUUUGGACCUUUCAGGUUGCAUUCAAAUUUCAGUUGAUGGCUUCAGAAAUGUUGCCAAUGGCUGCAGUAGGAUUCAAGAUCUGUUGAUCAACAAAAUGCCAGCUCUUACAAACAGGUGUAUUCAGGCUCUGUUUGAAAAAUGCUAACAGGUAGUGUCUGUUGUCUUUCCUGUCUCUCCACAUCUUUCUGAUACAACUUUUAAAGCCCUCACUGAAUGUUAACUUGUCACGGUCAGCAUUGAAAGAAACGACUGAAUUACUCAUUUACGUUUCAAGUUGAUGAGUAAAUGGUACAUCAGGCACAUUCAUAUGGCUGGUUGCCAGAAGUUGACAGAUGCUGCUCUUAAGAUGAUUUCACCAUUGGACCAUAUUCUUGUCCUGAACAUAUCAGACUGCAUAAGAAUCAGUGAUGAAGGUGUAAGGCCAUUUGUACAAGUUUCUUCAGGAGCUAAGCUAAGAGAGCUGAAUUUGACUAAUUGUAUUGAUGUCACUGAUGCUUCUGUCACAGAAACAGCACAAAGGUACCAUAGUCCAGGCUUGAGAGCCCUUGGCUGCCAUGGAAAAAUAAAGGAACUUUCUAUAUCAGAACACAAAACCAUCAGGGAUACUGGGAUUCAUGAGUUCUGCAAGGGCACAAAAUACCUGGAACACUGCCAGUCUUACUGCCCUCCGCUGAUGGAUGAAGCUGUGAGAGCAGUGGCAUUUCACUGCCACACACUAACAUCUGUCACCAUAGCGGGUUGCCCAAAGGGAUGUAUAAGAAAUGGGAUGAUUGAUACUUGUAUCCAACACUUGGCUGCAGCCUCCCAUUAUAUCCACUUCUUGGAUGUCUCAGGUUGCAUUCAUCUUACUGACAAAGCACUGAAAUAUCUUUGGAAAGGUUGUAAGUAACUCCAGGUUCACAAGAUGCUGUACUGUAGAAAUAUUACCAAACAGGCUGUUUUGAAAUACACAGCCAAAUUGGAGAAACAAGAACAUAAUGAUGCUGACCCUCCUUCCUGGUUUGGAUAUGACCAGGAUGGUAACGUAUCACCUUCACCAAAAAACACAAAUCAGAGCCUGAAUAAACAAAUUCUUCAAAAGGAAAGAUGA